AUGGAUGCUAAGAGUUUCUACGGUGCAAGACAACGCACUCUCCUGGCCCUUGUACCAGAACGUCCUGAAGAUUCGGAUGCUGAUCUGAGUGAUAAUGAUGACCUAAUACAGGAUCCGGAUUAUCAUCCCCCACCAGCAGAAGUUGCUGGUGACAGUCUUUUUGAAUCCCUGGAAGAAGAGGCUCCCUCAACAAGCAGCUCCACUACACAGCCGCCUCUCAAAAAAAGCAGAAAAGGAAAGAGCGCCCUAAAAACAGUUUCCUUGGAGGAGACGGGGGAUACCCCUGACCCAAGUUCCCCCUCAGGUCCAAACAAAGGAAAAGAGAUCAUCUGGAAGCAUGAAGACAUUGAGGGAUUUGAGGCUCCGGUUUCAAGAUUUGAACCCCCUGAGGCUGUAGAGACACCCUUCAAAAGGCUUUUCACUGAUGAGAUGAUAAAACAUUUUGGCCAUCAUACCAAUCUCUACUCCGCCCAAGAGUUGGGGGAUCCCAUCAAGACAAGCCCUGAAGAGAUGCAAGAUUUCCUGGCAAUCUUACUCUUCAUGGGUGUUUUUACCUUCCCAUCACUGGAGGACUACUGGCACUAUGAGUCACGUUUCGAGGUGAUAGCUGAUAUCAUGCCAAAGAAGAGAUUCCAGCUUUUACGCAGGUACAUUCAUUUCAAUGACAAUCAUCAGUGGAAUCAGAGUCCAGACCGAUUCUACAAAAUCCGUCCCCUCUUUGAUAUGCUUCGAGAGCAAUGCCUUCUGAUUCCAUCCACUUACAAACACAGUGUGGAUGAAGUCAUGGUCGCAUAUAAAGGCACAAGGGCUGGCAGUCUUCGCCAAUAUAUUGCAAACAAGCCAGAUAAAUGGGGCUUCAAGAUGUUCUGCCGAGCCAGUUCAUCUGGCAUCAUCCACGACCUGCUGAUGUACCAAGGGGCAUCCACAUUUUUCAAUGUUGUCCUCAGUGAGCAGGAGCAGACGCUACUUUUGGGAGCAAAAGUAGUGACAACGCUGUGCAAGACCAUAGCACAGCCACGCCUUUCUGUCGUCUUCUGUGACAACUACUUCACCAGUUUUAACUUGGUCAGAGACCUGCACACAUUGCUGGGUGUCAAGUGCAUUGGCACCGUCCGACCAAACCGUAUUGGUGGAGCUCCCUUGAUGACAGACAAAGAGCUGAUGAAGAGAGGACGUGGAGCAUGUGAUUACAUGUCUGCUGACGGAGUGGUUGCAGUCAAAUGGUUUGACAACAAAUGUGUCAAUCUUCUGAGCAACGCCUGUGGGAUCAUGCCUUUUUCAACUGUGAAACGGUGGAGCAAAGAGUCUAAGGCAAAGAUUGCUGUCCCAUGCCCGUCACUCAUCCCUGCCUACAAUGAGCAUAUGGGAGGGAUUGAUCUGUCCGACAUGCUUGUGCACCUGUACAAGACCCCAGCCAAGUCAAGGAGAUGGUACUUUCCCCUCUUCGGAUACAUCCUUGACUUGUGCAUCGCCAAUUCCUGGCUGGUCUACUAA